AUGCCACAAAUAAUUCCAUUUUUCUUUAUGAAUCAAUUAACUUAUGGUUUUCUAUUUAUUUUACUAAUUUUAUUCUUACUAUCUUAUGUAUUUUUACCUAUGAUUUUAAGAUUAUAUAUCUCUAGAUUAUAUAUUUCUAAAUUAUAA